CCUCUCCUUCUCCAUCUUCUCUCAAACAAAAAAAAAUCUUCUGAAUCUCCGAAAAAAGCCGAUCGGGAGAAGAAAAUAAUUCGACGGCCGUCCGGUUACUGUCUUGCUCCGUUCCGACGAUCUAUCUUCCCCGAGUAGAUCUGUGAUUCGUUUCUCGGCAAUUACUUGAUUUUGUUAAGAAAUGGCUGCUCCUCCUGCUAGAGCUCGUGCUGAUUACGAUUACCUCAUUAAACUUCUCUUGAUCGGAGACAGCGGUGUUGGUAAGAGUUGCCUUCUCUUACGUUUCUCAGAUGGCUCGUUUACCACCAGUUUCAUUACAACGAUUGGAAUUGAUUUCAAGAUAAGGACUAUAGAGCUCGAUGGGAAGAGAAUUAAGCUGCAAAUCUGGGAUACUGCAGGACAGGAGCGGUUCCGCACAAUCACAACUGCGUACUACCGUGGAGCCAUGGGAAUUUUGCUUGUGUAUGAUGUGACCGAUGAAUCAUCUUUCAACAACAUCAGGAAUUGGAUCCGUAACAUUGAGCAGCAUGCUUCUGAUAGUGUCAACAAGAUUCUAGUUGGGAACAAAGCAGAUAUGGAUGAAAGCAAAAGAGCUGUGCCAAAAUCUAAGGGCCAAGCUCUUGCAGAUGAAUAUGGAAUGAAGUUUUUCGAGACUAGUGCCAAGACUAACUUAAACGUUGAGGAAGUUUUCUUCUCUAUUGCUAAAGACAUUAAGCAAAGACUUGCAGAUACCGAUGCACGAGCUGAGCCGCAAACAAUCAAAAUCAACCAAUCCGACCAAGGUGCGGGAACAUCUCAAGCUACUCAGAAAUCAGCAUGUUGCGGCACAUAAAAAUUGGGUCCACGACGCCUGUCAAAGGAGAGAAUCUGGCUAGUGAAAGAGAAAUGGUAUUUGGUAAGAAAAACUGAAAAAGGAAAUCAAUCUUCUUUUGCUUUUCUUUUAUAUGAGAUGUGUUGCUACGUGUUCUUUUAAGAUUCUCUCUUUCCCCUAAUGGUAUAGUGUGACUGUGAAGGACACAAUUCGUAUUCCAUAUUUCUGGAAUGGAUUCUCUGACAUCAGAAUAUGACUUAUGAUAAUAUCAGUUUAUCUCACUCACA